AUGAGGAAAGCUUUGAAGGUCACUAUGAAAGGCACCAUUCAUCGAUGGUGUAUUUGGCACAUUACACAUAAGUUUGCUAAGAAACUUGGGAAACUUCCUAAUUAUACCCAAAUUCACGACGACCUUGAGCAUGUAAUCUAUGAAAACCUAGAUCGCGAAGAGUUUGAGAUAAAUUGGCGAAAGGUUAUCAAGAAGCAUGAACUAGAAGACGAUGACUGGCUGCAAGAUUUUGAGGAGUUUGUGUUUUGUUCUUCGUGCUUAGAAAUGGAUCGAAGUUGGAUAACAACAACAAAGCCAGGUGACCCUGAAUAUCAACAAGGUGUUAAGGAAUUUAUUAAAUUUGCAUUUGAAAAUAGUGGAGGUCGCUCCAAGCUACGUUGUCCUUGUUUUAUGUGUCAUAAUUUUUUGCAUAAGAGACCGGAUGAAAUUCUCAAUCAUUUAAAUAAAUGGGCAUUUGAUAGAACAUAUACCCAUUGGAUUUGGCAUGGGGAACGUAGAGACAUGCAUGCGGGUGAUAGUGGUGAGACUAGGGAUAAUGUGCGUGUAGUUCAUGAUGUUGACGAGGGAGAUUAG